GGUCUCCUGGUUUCAUGCUUUUGAAUUUCAGCCUACUUCAACCUUGCUCAGUUCUCUGUAAACAUUUACCUUUUGCUUUGUUCACUUGAAUAUGCGAACAUGCAAGCAUACAAAUUGUACCCAAUGUCCCUUUAUUUAUCUGGAUAUUUGUGGUUGUAGUUUCACCUGUAUUUCUCCAUAGUAUCUGUCUUACCCUUGUAUGUUUUGGAAGUUAUUUUUCCUGUGGUCUAAAACUUUCACACUGAUAAUUGCCUAAAUCAUUUUGUUCUUUGAACAAGACUAAGAGCUUCUAAUGUCAAUGUGAUGCAUAAACAUAUUACUGAAACUUAUACUGUUAAAUAAAUAGCCAAGGGGAAAAGUGUGCCUAAAAGUUUGGGUAUAAAGACAAUAAUAUGGUUAGCGUAAAGUCCAUGCACCAAGAAUUAUUGCUAAACCUAAGAAGCAUGAGUUGUCAUCUAUUGCUAAGCCUAAGAAGCCUAAAAGGUGGCAAUGGCGGAUUGGCCUGCUUGAUACUAUUUGAAUUUCAUAUCUGUUAUUGCAAAAGUUGUAAAUACUAAUGUUUGACACCGUUUUGCAUGACACCUUUGCAGCAAAGGCUCUCCAGUACCUACACAUCCUUGGGGUUGUUCACAGAGAUAUAAAACCUGCAAAUAUUUUGCUAGACAAAGACCUCCAUCCACACCUAGCAGAUUUUGGCUUAGCCAUGUUUCAGAAGGAUAUUAAGCGUGUCUCAGUUGAGAACUGGAAAUCAUCUGGCAAGCCCACUGGUGGUUUCCAUAAAAAAAAUAUGGUUGGGACACUAAUUUACAUGGCACCAGAAAUUUUGAGAAAGGAUAUACAUACAGAAAAGUCUGAUGUAUAUAGCUUCGCAAUAUCUAUCAAUGAGCUUCUUACUGGUGUGGUGCCUUAUACAGAUCUGCGAGCAGAAGCACAGGCACACACUGUUCUUGAAAUGACUUACACUGAACAACAACUUACAGCAGCAGUUGUUUCUCAAGGAUUGCGCCCUGCACUUGCCCUUCCAAAAUCUGGUGUUCCAUUGGUUCUUUCGUCACUUAUCCAGCGUUGCUGGGAUUCCGAUCCUGAAAAGAGACCAUCGUUUGAAAAUAUAAUUGAUGAGCUAAAUAUAAUCCAAAAGCAUUUAGUUUCAAGUGCUUGCUUUCCAUCAUCUCCUGUGAGCAAGAGUCAAAAUGGCAACAUAGAAGCACACCAUUAUAAAGAAGCAUUAAACUGGUUUAACCAAGGGGAGCUUUUUGUUAAGAGAUCAGAAAAAUCGGAUCUUACAGAGAAUGUUUGGUCUGGCUAUUCCAAUCAGUCCUCAGAGUAUCAUCCAACAUUAAGUUGGGGAUCUUUUGCAACAUGUGGUCGAAGGGAAACUAUGGAAGAUACCCAUUUUAUGCUUCCCCAUGUGAGCGAAGAAAAGGAUGUUUUUGCCUUUGGCAUUUUUGAUGGUCACAGAGGUUCAGCAGCUGCUGAGUUUUCUGUCCGAGCUGUCCCUGGGUUUCUGAAGCAAUUUGGUCAGGGUACAAGCCCAAUUGAUGCCCUUGCAGAAGCAUUUGUAAGGACGGACAUAGCAUUUCGAGAAGAACUAAUUCUUCACCAAAAGUCAAAAAGGAUAAUCCAAAAAGAAUGGCAUCCUGGUUGCACAGCUGUGACAGCCCUAGUAGUGAGAAACAAGCUUUUUGUAGCAAAUGCUGGUGAUUGCCGGGCAAUCCUAAGCCGUGCUGGUAAACCAUUUCCCAUGACCAAGGAUCAUGUUGCCAGCUGUCCGAAGGAAAGAGAGCGCGUAAUAAAAGCUGGAACUGAAGUAAAAUGGCAAAUAGAUACGUGGCGUGUGGGUACAGCUGCUCUUCAGGUCACAAGGUCAAUUGGUGAUGAUGAUCUCAAGCCAGCAGUCACAGCACAACCUGAGGUUACUGAAACUGCUUUGUCAGAUGAUGAUGAGUUCCUGGUGAUGGCUAGUGAUGGCCUGUGGGAUGUGGUAAGCAACGAGGAUGUGCUGUCAAUAAUCAAGGACACAGUAAAAGAGCCUAGAAUGUGCUCCAAGAGGCUGGCUACAGAGGCUGCAGAGCGCGGCAGCAAAGACAACAUCACUGUCAUUGUUGUGUUCCUUCGCCCUGUCUCCACAGCUGAGCGAAUAUACUGAGUGACCACCAAAACUCUUGCUCAUGCUAUCAGCUCACUAUUUUUUAAUUAAAUUUAAAUCGGUACAGAAGAAAAGAAGUUACACAUUCAUUCUGAACGUAUGCAGUUUUUAUCCUGUCGAGGAUAAAAAGAACAAAGCAUGUCAAGAUAGCAGCCUCAGUUGCAAUUUUUUUCUGUCUUUUGCAAUAUCUCAUUUGUAAACGAGCCAAACGGAUGAGCAUACAAAAGUUCUUUUUCUUUCUUUCUUUCUUUCUUUCUUUUCCUGUUGUAAAGCAGAACACACAACGAAUAAUCUCUAAUAGAAGUAUACUAGUUGGGUACA